GAGGGAAGAGGGCGCAGGGGAGGAAAAAGCGCGGCGGGGGGCGAAGGGGGAGGGCCAAGAAGAAGGGAGGGAGGGGGAGGAAACCGGCGCCCCGGAGCGAGAGGGGAAGCGAGCGCAGAGGCGAGGGGCAGCCGAGAAGAACGGCAAAGGCGAGCAAAGGGAGGGCAAGAGCGCGGGCCGAAAGGGACGGCGGGAAGAAGAGGGGAGGGGGAACAACCACCGGGGGGCAAGCAAGAAGGAGCGGGAAAAGGAGAGCAGCGCAAAAAGGCGCGGGAGGGCGGAAAGCAAGCGCCACGAGCCGGGGAGGAGACGCGCGCACCGGGCGGAGCAAGGGGGCGGCACGAAAGAGGGGGGAGAAAACACGCUGGCGGAGAAAAGAGAAGGACCAGAGGCGGGGGGGACAAAGCGACGGGGAGGACAGGAGCGGCGGAAGCACGAAGCCAACGGGGGGGAAAAGGGCGCCAAGCGGAGGAAAGGCAAAGGGGAGAGGAGGAGGAGGGGGGAACGGAACGAGGGGCGGGGGGGGCAAGGCAAACAAGGCCCAGAGGGAAGAGGCAGAAAGCAAGCCAAAGAGACAAGGAGGGAAGCCGAAAAGGGGCAGGGAGGGAAAAAGGGCGGGGAAAAGGCCAAGGAGCACAGCCCGCAGAAGGGACAGGGAGAAGGAAGGAAAGGAGGGGGAGCAAACAAACGGGCGAGGGAGGAGGGGGGCGCGCCGAGACCGGACAGCAAGCAGACCGGACAGGGCGGGGCGGGGGGGAGGGCACGAGGGCAAGCGAAGCCGAAAGAAAGGCACCGAAGGCAACGAAAAAGAGAGGAAGAGAGCGGAAGGAACGCAAAGGGCGGGCGCGGGGAGCCAAAAGAGGGAGCAGGGGAGCGAGGGGGAGACGCAGACGCGGAGGGCGCGGGGAGGGCGGAGGGAGCGAAAAAGGACCGCAGGAACCGGGCAGGGCCGAGGAGGACGAAGGGGGCGGGGGGAGGAAAAGCAAAACGCGAGGGCCACAAGGACGGCGGGAAGCCGAAGACAGAGCAGCGGGAAGGGGGGGGCAAAGCCGAGGGAGGAGACACCAAGGGAGAGAGGAGGGCAGAAAGGCACGAGAAGGAGCAGAAAAGGCGAGAACACGAGGGGCGAGCGCCAGGACGAAGAAGCCCGGGCGGCACGCGCGGACCAAGCAGAGGACAGCAAGGAGCACGGCAGGCGGGAGGAGGGCGAGAAAAAGGACAGAGCGCGGGGGAGGGAAGACGGAGGAGCAACGGGCAGAGAGACGCACGAAACCCGGAAGGGAAGCAAGAGGCGCGGCGGGAAGGCAGGAACGCGGAAGGAGGGAAAGGACAGAAAGCGAGAGAAGCAGAGCGGAAAGAGGCGGCGCGCGAAAAGCAAAAAAGGGGAGGCAGCCGCACACGCAAGGAGCGGGAGAAGGAAGGACGCGAGGAGAAGAAAGG